AUGAGCCUGGAGCCCCCAAAGCUGGAGAUCAAGUCGGCCACCAGGGUGACUGGAGGGCCAGUCACCCCCAGGAAAGGGCCCCCCAAAUUCAAGCAGAGGCAAACCAGGCAGUUCAAGAGCAAGCCACCCAAGAAGGGGACCCAAGGGUUCGGUGAUGACAUCCCUGGCAUGGAGGGGCUGGGAACAGACAUCACCGUGAUUUGCCCCUGGGAAGCUUUCAGUCACCUGGAACUCCACGAGCUGGCGCAGUACGGCAUCAUCUAG